CCGGGAGGGAGGGAGGAGCGGCGGGGUGGCCGGUGAGGCAGUGCGGCGGAGUUGGGAGCCACUUUUUCUGUCAAAUCCAUAUCAGAGGUGUAUGGGACACUUCUGCUGAGUGUAAUCUCAAGAAUUUUUCAAGACCUGCAGAGAAAAACAAACAAACAAAACUCUACAAAAAGAGACACCUUCAGUGCAAAAAUGAGCUUUGGGAGAGCCUACAAUACCUUUAACAUAAGCAAUGGCACAGAUCUAGCUAUUGGAUUUACCUCUUCCACAGUAGCUGUUCUUCUGUUUGGGACAAAUUUUGUGCCAGUUAAAAAAUAUGAUACUGGUGAUGGAAUGUUCUUCCAAUGGAUUCUCUGUGCUUCCAUUUGGAUAGUUUCUUUGGUGGUCAAUUUAAUCCGUAAUUGUCCCCAGUUUUGGCCUUUGGCUAUGGUAGGAGGUUUUCUGUGGGCUACAGGCAACAUCACAGUUGUCCCUAUUAUUAAAACUAUAGGCUUAGCUCUUGGUCUUUUGAUCUGGGCUUCUUUUAAUUUGCUGACAGGCUGGGCAAGUUCCAGGUUUGGAUGGUUUGGAAUUGACCCAGAAGAGGUAGCAAGACCAGCCCUAAAUUAUAUUGGAGCAGGACUUUCACUAUUAAGCGCUGUCAUAUUUUUUUUUAUAAAAACUGAAGUCCAAACUUCUUCAGCUUCGUUAGAAAGCACGCCAUUACUGAGAGAACAUUCUGUUAAUAUUUCUGAAGAUUCCUCUGAUGUCUCAUGGGUGACCAGUCUUUCUCCAGUAAAAAAAAGAUUUGUAGGAUGUAGCCUAGCUGUAGUAGCUGGGAUACUCUAUGGUUCCAGUUUUGUACCAGUACUUUACAUCAAGGACCAUGGAAGAAGAAAUGAAACUAUAUAUGCAAGAGCAAGUCAAUUUGAUUUAGAUUAUGUUUUUGCACACUUCAGUGGAAUAUUUCUUACAAGUACUGUCUACUUCUUGAUCUACUGUGCAGUCAGGAAAAAUAAACCUGAUGUUUAUCCCCAAGCCAUACUACCAGGGUUUGUUUCUGGUGUGCUUUGGGCAAUAGCCAAUUGCUGCUGGUUCAUCGCCAAUCACUAUCUCAGUGCUGUAGUCAGCUUUCCGAUAAUUACUGCAAGUAUGCAUUGCCUCCUUUGCUUGUCCGUGCUAGCCUUUGUUUUAUUAGAAACUUUCAUGACUGUGAUAAGCACCAUUUCGGCCAGUGAAAUGUGGAGGAGUUGAAAGAGACUUCAAACUGUGUUAAAACCAAUGCUCUGAAAACAUAACUGUAUCAAUAUUAAACAGUGAACUGAGGAACUGAGGUGAUUAAAAGAAGAAAAGUUACAUACUUUCAUCUCACCAAGUAUAUAUUGCUCUGAAUUUUUUUCAGUUGUUAGUUUUAACUAUUAGUUAUUUUUCUUAAUUAAGGAUUAAGUAUUUUUUACUACAGCUCUUGAACACAUCUAACAGCAUGUGAAUGUUGAUAAUAAUUUUCUUAUAGCUGGGCAGGGAAAAUAGCUGUUUGAUUCCUGCUUAUGAUACUGUACCUUUCAAACAGUUAACAUCAGGAAGUUGCAUAAAUGUAUGAGUCUGCUGUUAUUCUCUCAAGAGUACUGAAUGGUGCUGCAAAGCUGGAUAACUUCUGGCAAAUUGACAUUUAUAAGUAUCAAAAAGUUCUGCUGAAUGGCUCUAUUUUGGAAAAAAAAGAAAAAAGAAACAAUAGGGAUUAAAGCUUGCUUCAAGAUGCAGUUAAUCAAAAUGAACUCUGCAGUAUGCAAUGAGAAAAAGAACUUGGCAUCAUUCUAGUUAGAAACUGAAGGAUUAAUGGAAAGCAGCUUUGGUAACUUUGGUUAUCAGCAUACGUAAAGGGCAAGGAUAUAAAACUAUUAAAUGACAAAUUUUCAAGACAGCACUGAUGAGAAGCUGCCUGUCUUUUCCCUGCAAUUUUGGAAUUGCUCCUUUACUUCACCCUAGAGGGAGUUUCAGUUAUUCAUCGUGUCACUUUAACUAUUUGCUUCAUUAAAAAAAAAAUGCAUUCCUCUGGCAAUAUAAGUUACCGAGAAAGAGAAAUAGCACCAUAGUCAUUAUGUAAAUAAUACUUUGCAAUUUCACUAAGAAAUAGCAUGUGCAAACAUACUCAGCACAAGGUGCUGUUUUCUCCUGGUAUAAAUUUUUGUCCUAUUGAGUUUACUUAAGACAGAGAGAGGAAGACAACUGUCCAAACAUCUGUCAAGUGUUUCAGAGAGCAGCUGUAAUGGGAAGCAUUUGCAGAGAGUUUCAGACAUUUUCUUAUCAGACGUGAGAAUUCAGGUCAUUGCACACACAGGAGAAAAACUGUAUUACUGGGAAUGUCUGGAAAUUAUCAUUGUAUACCACUGUUUGCUGUUAGCUAGGAAACCUGUAAGACGACAUUGCAGAUAAAACACUGGUUUUCCUGACCUGUCUUAGCUGUCUGACUUUGUGCUUUGUCCAGAUCCCUGAAAUACAGGAAAUAACAUUAGUAUUCCAGUCUCUUGAUAUCAUACCAAGCGAUAAAAUCAAACUUUGUUGAACAGGUUAGUCAUAGUAGAGGAAAUGUAAGGAAUAUCCUUGAUGGCUGCCAAAAAAACCUGAAUAGUCCUCUAAAAUGUGAUGAUAGAUCAAAGACUGUAGUUUGGGCAUAUUAUUUGGAGUCUGUAACAGCUAGUGCAGAUCCCACAGUGUAAUUUAGAAAGAAAUUAUGCCCUUUCUAAGAAGUCUUCUACUUUGUUAACCCUUCUUGAUUAUUUAUUGUAUCUUACCUUAGAAGGUCACUUAGGUGAUGAUCAUGCUUUUUCCAUGAAUGUUGUAAUUAUAUAGGAUGGAAAGACAUAAGCUUGCUAUCCAAUUGAAAUGCAGCCACCCUUAAAACAAUAAUGGGAAUGUGGCACAUUUUAAGGAAAUGCUGUAAUGUACAAGUAAAUCUUAUU